AUGGUGGCCAAGGCGGCUUUGUUGAAGCAAUCCAUUGAGAAGGCAAAAGUUGCUGAGCCACCAACAGCGAUAGACCUGCGACUUCGAGAAAAGGGUGUCAAGAAUUUUGCACUACGCUGCUUUAAUGCUCUCUCUCAUGACCGGGAGAUCAGUGGUGUGCAGGUCGCCAGCGUCUUACUUCAACUACCAACCUAUUACACGAUCAACUACAACUUCAUUCGCAUCAACCUCUGGUGGCUAAGGCGCUAUAUCCGGACGAUCAUUCAGCCAGACGGCCUUCAAAGUAGUCACUCUUCUGACCCCAUGGCAGAAGAACCUUGCGCGUACGAAACGGGCGACACCGCCGCCGUAAGCAUCUUUGACAAUUAUAAAUGGCGUGGACCACACCUGGCUCCUCUUGCGUUAUUUGAAUACUGCAUGCUUGUCAAGACAAAGGAUGUACGCGAUGCCAUUGCUGACGACGUGGACUUCGACCCAAACCACCCGAGAUAUGCCACGCAUGUACAGCGCCUGGCGCGCACCCCAUCACAAGUGGCCACCGUGACUUUCAACGGACAACUAACCGAAUUCCAGCCCGCAGAAGACGCGGUUCCAGGAGGUCAUCCAAAAACAACCGCGAUCAUGAACGACGUAGCGGAGAUAUUAUUGGGGCUCUUUGUUCCCUGGGAUCAAUUGAUUAACCUCUUCCGACCGUCUACGAAAAGAACGGACACUUGCGUUCAAAUAUGGGCGGCUGUGGAACCAACCCUCACAUUUCACAACCGAGGCUUUGCAAGAAAUAUCGAGUUACUGCGAAAGUCCAAGGAAGACUGUCAAGCCGAUGCAAAAAUGUGGAAGUCUGCAAACGGCACUGCCGACUCAUUUCACCAUGAUGCUGAAGACUUUGAGCCCGCCAAUUUUGGUUCUGAUGACGAAGAGACCGAAGAAUUCUUCCACCUGCAGGAUGAGAAUUUCAAUGCGGAGACGUUGAUCGCUGCAUACUACUCCAUUAGCAAAGCAUGGCAUCGAGAGACGUUGGUCACGGGCCGGCGGAUCCCUGCCUUGCUCCACAAGAUAGACCGAACGCGCAGCUUGUCACUACAGAACCUCCAGCCGCUAGACAUCUUCAACCCUCCAGCAUACGAAUCUUCUGGGCUAAGGUUCCUCCCACCAUCUACUUUACAAGCAUGGGAGUUUCAACUAAAAUGUUGCGUCAAUAUUAGUCCUGAAGAGAGCACGGAUGCUAACUCAGACACUAUCCCUGCUACGGAUGAUCUCCAAUCCCGAGUUGGCCAGAAUCCUACUGGCGCCUCUCUUGCGUCCCUGAUCAACGAGGAGAUUCCCCUAAAUCGGAAACAACGAAUGGUAGUAGAGAGGGUGCUCUCUGAAGCUUUGACCUGGGCUGAUCACCCUUAUAAUUCGUCGCAGCGCAAGCAGACUCUCCUCUAUGUUGGAGGUGAAGGUGGCACAGGUAAGAGCCAGAUUUUCAAGGCAAUUGUCGCUGGUAUGAACCUUGUCGGACGAAAGGACGAAGUGAUCCUCAUGGCACCGACGGGUGCCGCGGCCGAUAACAUCGGCGGAAAUACGUACCAUACAUCUUUAGGGAUAUCCAUUGACCGUUCACGUAAAACCGGUAUGAAAUCCAGAGUGAGACGGCUCUGGUCUCGCAAGACUAUCAUGAUCGUGGACGAAUUCAGCAUGAUGGAUCUACGUAUGAUCAGCGUAAUUGAUAAUCAAUGCAAGAUCGCCAAAGCCCUCGACAGAUCCUCCCCUGACCUUUUCGGUGGCCUUCCUGUCGUCAUCUUUAUCGGUGACUUUUUCCAGUUUCCGCCUGUUCUGGGCCCAGCACUGUGGAGGGAACCAAGAAGGGGCAUAGAUGAGGAAGAUAAUGGUCGGUUACUCUGGCAUCAAUUCAAAGAGGUAAUCAUCUUGGAUGAGCGAAUGAGACAGGCGGAAGAAGACGCUCCAUUCCGCGAUCUGCUAUCACGAGCCAGGACAGGCACUUUAACGGAAGCCGAUCGAUCGUUUCUUAACAGCAAAACAGUCACAUCCCUGGUCAGCCCUCAACUAGAAAAUGCUACCACCGUCCUGCGUUAUAUUUAA